AGUUUUCGCGGAGUCAUCUGUCCGUCGGCUGAUUGUGAGCUCCUCUCGUUCUCGCUCCUCCGUGAAUUCGACACCCGCAUGGUAUGGCAUCGGAUUCGCGAAUUUGCCAUCUACUCUCCCGCUCUAUUUUUGAUCGCCCGGGUGAAAAUGGAAACUCACUCGUACGUUUUCAAUCGGGUCGGCUUGACAGACAAUCCUCUAGCUCAGAGAUAUUCCCACGAAAUCAUUUCAGUUACGCUUCGUUUGCUCAGGUCACGGGUGCGAAUGAGAGGACGCGCAGCAGCCGCAAUAAUUGUUGUGUCAAAGUUGUUGCGUCGCCGCGAAUAUCACGGACGACCAAAAGCACUUUUCCUUGGGUCGGUCGGCCAGCGCGGUGCCCUUGGCCAAUCCGCCCGAUGUUGACGACCCAGCCAGCACCAAGGCACGACCGCCUGCACCGCUGAGCGUGCCCCAUGUGGCGUCCUCGCCCUCGAUGCACCCUAACAGCAAGCGUGCCACUUGGCGGGACGAUACCUUUGACGAUGAUGACGCCCCGGCGUCGGCGCCCAACAAAGGCGGCAGCAGCAGCAGCUCGUCCACCAGCAGCUCGCUGGAUGAAACCUCGGCACCGCCUGAUGGCGGAUGGGGAUGGGUUGUUGUUUUCGCCGCCUUCAUGGUCAAUCUCAUCGCCGACGGCAUCACCUUCUCCUUCGGCAUCAUCUACGUGGAGUUCCUCGAGAAGUUCGAGGCUGGCAAAGGAGCAACGAUGUGGAUCGGCUCGCUGUUCAUGGCGAUGCCACUGCUGUGCGGCCCAAUAGCUUCGUACACCACCGACCGCUAUGGUUGCCGGAAGGUGACCAUAAUCGGCUCGUUGCUGGCCGCCAGCGGCUUCAUCCUCAGCGCUCACCCCAGCUCCAUGCUCGUGCUGCUUGCCACCUUCGGCCUGGCCGGCUUUGGCCUGGCCCUUUGCUACGUAGCGGCUGUUGUCAUCGUCGCCUACUGGUUCGAGAGCAAGCGCUCCCUCGCCACCGGCAUCUCGCAAUGUGGGAGCGGAAUCGGCACUUUCAUAUUCGCCCCGCUCACACAAUUUCUUCUAUCAACGUAUGGAUGGCAGGGAACAUCUCUCAUCCUUGCAGGCUGCUUCCUCAAUCUUGCUGUCUGUGGUGCCCUAAUGCGCGACGUGCGCCCAACGAGUCGCCAACGAAAACGUUAUUCCAGUGAAUCCGAGAAAACUGCGCCGACAUCGACUGACCUUCCAAAUCCUGACGAGCUGCGGAAAUUGCUGGAAAACGGUGGCGAAGAGGCGAACCGGCUCUGCAGCUCCCUGGUGGCGCUUCCAACCUUCGUCAAGAGCGGCGAAAGGGUGCCGCUGGAGGCGUUGCAGCGAUUGGCCGCCCAGAGGCCCAUGUACGAUGUGCUUGUGCAAAACUAUCCUGGCCUCCUGAUGUCGCACAGCCUAAGCGCUGGGGGCAGCAAAGAAGAAACCGCCCUCACCAUUCCAGAAAACCAACUGGCGCCUCCACCGGCUCUGCAGCAGCCCAGAAAGCUCCACUCGGCCUUCCUUAAGGAUCUCAGAGUUCACAGGCAUUCUUUAACAUACCGCGGUGCAAUGCUUAAUAUCAACCGGUACCGCCUGCGAGCCUCGUCUUGCCCAGACAUCUACCGCAACUCAAUGACAACAAUAGACGAGGACAAAGAUACAUGGUACUCAGGCCUGGCGGGAGUCAAAAGUGUGGUGCUGGACAUGCUGGACUUUUCAUACUUCACCGACCUUCGCUUUACGCUCUUCACAAUUUCGAACUUUCUGCUGUACUUGUGGUAUGAUGUGCCUUAUGUCUGCCUAGCCGACUACGCCAAAGAGCUGGGCUUUACUGAAGACAAAGCUUCAAUGCUAAUCAGCGUCAUCGGUCUGUUAAACAUGGUUGGAGAGAUUGUGCUUGGCUGGAUAGGUGACAAAACUUGGAUAAGUGCAAACCACGUCUAUGCAGUUUGCAUGGUUAUCUGCGGAGGGGCGACCGCGCUGAUCCCAUUGUUCACCGAUUACACCAUCAUUGCUGGCGUCGCUGGUGUUUUUGGCCUUUUUAUCGGUGCCAAUUAUUCGUUGACUUCAAUUAUUGUGGUGGAGCUGAUCACGUUAGACAAGUUCACGAACGGCUACGGGCUUCUGUUGCUUGUUCAAGGCAUUGCAAACCUUGUUGGCCCUCCACUAGCAGGCUGGAUUUCUGAUAUCACCGGCAGCUAUGAUCUUUCAUUCUACUUGGGUGGAUUUUUCAUCGCCAUUUCUGGAGUUCUCCUCAUGAUUUUGCCGUUCGUCGAGAAGGUCAAAAGCCACAAGAAAAAUUGCAGAUCAGAGAAGAAGGCUGUGCUGCAGGUAAACGGGAAGAAGCAGCAAAUAAUCGCAAUGCCUUCAGAAAAGGAAGCUAUGAAAGCUGUCAAUGUUUAAGUUUGCAGUUUAGUGUGGCCUUAGCUGCAGUUCGGUUUGGCUUUGUAAUUGACACACUUUGGAGGGAAAUCUCUGGCUGUUUUGUUAAUGGGUGGGCUAAGCUACUGCUGGAAUGGGUUAUCUGUUGGGAAGUUUUGAGUUUCGUGGCCCAGGGCUGUGUAGAUUAAAACUACCAAACGAAGGUUUUGCCAGAAAUGCAAUAGGCUUUGCGAACUGAAAAGAAUUGUAGCCUAUCAACAAGUAUUGUAUUGACAAGGGAGCUCACAAAGAGAGAUGCAAGAAUUAAAUAUUGUAGUGCAGUGUGAAUCCCAAACUUGAUAUUGGAGUUCUCAGAGCUGCAUUUUUCCAUUGCGGGCGACUUAGUAGGCGUCGAAUUUGAUGAUCUCACCAUUUCCAUGGAUAUAUACCACACUUAAUUUGAUUAUGUCGAAAAAUCUUACAGUUUAAUGGGUUAUGGUUAAAAUCGGUUUUGUUUGUGAAUUGUUUGUGUAUACUGUGUGUACAAAUAAACAGUCUCUCUUUGGCUCUCCAACGAAAAGUUACUGUCUAUAUAGUGGGAGUCGCAUUAAAGAAAGUUUGCCACUGCCGCUGUGAUUGAAACCAUUCUGAUAGCAGACAGCAUGGUCAGUUUCAAUUAAGAGAAUUUCCGUACAGGCUUCAGUCAAUAAAAGACUAGAAGAGAAGACAAUUUCAAUAAAUUGUGUUCCUAAUUGCGAAUUAAUUGACAUGUCACGAAUGUUUUUUCCGACCGUUGUCGAUUUUUAUUUACGAAAACAAAAGGGCUGUUCAGUAUUUGAGUGUGUUGCCGAAUUCACCAUUAUUGUUACGCAAAAGUCACACUAACGUGAUGUGUACCUUUAGAUGCCUUGAAUUUGCAUUUCAGUUUCUUUCGAAAUUCGCAUGAAAAUUGUUACAUUAUAAUUACUGCUUUAGGAUGUAUUGAUGAAAGCUCAUUACAAUCGACACAGUUAAACACCAAAAUUACCAUUUCUGUAACAAUUGUAAGUGUCUGAACAUUUUCCAGUUUCGUGUAACUUUAUAUAAUAUGCAUAACAUGAAAUCAUAGGACAUUGAAAUAUUAUCAAAUAUUUAAAAGGUAAAAGUCUGAUAGUCUCUGUAGUGUAAAAUACAAAGUUGAUGUAUUUUUGCUGGCUAUGCACAGCUGCAAUAAUUGAGCAACGUCUUUUUGGUCGUCCCUUUCUAAGAAGUAUUCAUUAAAUUAUUUCUGUGGCAUGAAUCGUAGCUGAGAAUUAUUUAAAAUUACAUCAGAAGCUGUUUGCAUAGACCUCUUCGCCUCUGAAAACUUAGCACCCUUUGACCAUAAUAAUAACGUUUUUAAAGAGCAGAACUACUCAAAAUCAGAUACAAUAAACCAGAGAAAAACUCGGUUUCUAAGAGAAAAAAGGGGUGCGGAAAUUUUGCUGCUUCAACUGCAAGGACAACUAAAAUACAUAUAAAACAUUUUAACCUUCUACUAUUCAAUUACUUUAUGAGAAGGCAGGUAAGCAAAAUUAUUACGGCAAAAUCAAUGUUAUCACUUUCUCAAAAGCCAGAUUUAAAUCAUUAGUUUUGUUAGACAGGUCCUUGUUCCCUGCCAAAUUCGUAUUAAGUAAUUAAUAUGAACACAGAAGUUGUCUAACUGCAACCAUGAAUUGUAUACUCAAAUUCAAAUUUCCAUAUUUGUGCAGCAACUAAUAAUAAAGAAAGUCAAUCAGUACAAUUGAAUAAAUUAAAUCAACAAGUGAUGUGUACAAAUUAUAUAUUUUUAUUUCUUGGCUCUAUUUUAAGCAAACCAUGUACUACACAUUUCUACAAAUAUUCUCGGAAAAAGUUUCAUUUUCAGAUUGCACAUUUCACAAAAUGUUGAAAGUUUUCAAAUUAUUAGUAUUUGUACAGAUAAGGUUGCCAGACCCUGAUUUUGAUCCGGAAACUAGAGAUUUCUUGUUAUUACACUGAAUCUGUAGAAUUUAAACAUUGAUUGGUGCAAGAAUACGCCUGAACCCUGUUUAGGUGAACUGGCAAACCAACGUACAGACAGAAGAGGCGCACUUGCUUCAAAGGUGUGGCCGCACCUCAUGAAAAAACAAUUCAAGCGAAUUAAUCUUGUAUAAUUAUAGAUUGUAUAAAAUCAAAUUGCAUAUUAUGAAUAUUAAAAAAAAAGAAAUCUGUGAUUAAAAAAUGAAGAAAUUGAACUUUUCAUAUAUUAUAAUAUAAUAUUAUGCUUAAUUCUAAAAUCCAAUUGCGAGUUUGCUGUUAUGUAAUUUUAAAGGCAUGAUUCGUUGCACGGGUAAAGUUUGAGAGCGAUUUUAUUCAAAACACUCAUAAAAUAUAGCUGUAAAACUGAAAAAGGGAAAAUGCGCGUGCCAAAAAAUUGAAGUGCGUGAGAGGAGAAUAUUAAUAUUUCAAAUGCAAAACACCCACGAGACAGUUUGACAAAAGAUAAUGUAAAGAUGUUACACUUUGUAAAAACACAUUUUAGUAAUUUUGUGAAUUUCAACUAUAUCUGUAUUUGUUGUACAUCGUAAUUACCAAUUACAACUCUCAAAUUCCACCAUAUAGUUAUAUACGCAAAUGCAAAGAAUACUGAUCACUAUUCGAAUACAUGGUAGCAUUUUACCAAAAUAAAGAACAGUAAAAUUAAA